UUCGGAGACUCAACCCCAAGUAGGGAAUAUUCCGGCCAAACUCCAAAUCAGCGCCAGCUAAUUACUCUAUCCCUAAUCCCUAACCAAAUCAAAAAACUGAAGCUCAGCGAUCAACAGGAUUAUCAGUCAACAGCAGCUCCUUUUUCCUGACUGAAUCUCUAGAUUUUGCUUUGGGAGUGAAGGGCAUGGCAUCCGAAGUAAAACCCACGAAAGGCGAUGACGGAGAUUUUGGAUGUGGGGUUUUAUUGCGUGAUAUAGAAGAAAUCAGCAAAGCCCUUUAUUUGCACAAAAUGCCACGGAAGACAUUUAAUUCGUCUCUCGACCACCCCAGAAACGUGGCUGAUAAUAAAACCGACAUUUCGGAACCCAAAUCCAACGUCAUUAUUCAAGAUUCGUCACAAAAGGACAAUAAAAAAUCGUCAAUAUGGAAUUGGAAGCCUUUAAAGGCACUGGCCCACUUACGUAACCACCGUUUCAAUUGCUGUUUCUUUCUGCAUGUCCAUGCAAUCGAAGGGCUGCCCCCGAAUUUCAACAAUCUUGACAUCUGUGUAACAUGGAAACGAAGAGCUGACAUGUCGAAAACUCGCACUUCUCGUGUUUGUUUGGGAAUGGCUGAGUUCGAAGAGACUCUCAUGUACCGGUGUAACGUGUACGGUGGCAGAAAUGGGCCCCACAGCUCAGCAAAAUACGAGCCAAAGCUUUUCUCGAUUUAUCCAUCCGUGAUAGAGGCACCGGUUCUUGAUAUUGGGAAACACUGGAUUGAUUUAAGCAGGUUGCUGCCAUUAACAAUGGAGGAGUUAGAGGAGGGUAAAAGUAGCACAGGAAAGUGGACUACGAGCUUUAAGCUCACAGGCAAGGCGAAAGGCGCAAUGCUAAAUGUUAGUUUUGGGUUCUCGAUUUUGGAUGGUGAUUCGUUCGAGCCAGGUUAUUUUGUGGAAGUUCCUGAUAUUUUGAAGGAACGUGGACAAAAUCAUAAUCUUGAUUGUGUUACAGCCAUUUCAAGUAAAGGGUCGUCGUAUCACGAUUCUCCGUCUGCGAAUGUAAAAUGUCUUGAGGGAGAGCUUUCGCACUCGGUUACUUUAUUGUAUAGGAAACUUAACGAGGGAAAAAUGGAUAAUAUGAUGGAGUUUGAUUCAUCACCCGAUUCUGCAUGUGGAGAAACUCGACAUGAGUUUAAUGAGAUCGAAUUUGAUGUAAUUGAUCAAGGAAUCGAAGAAGUAUUUACGAAAGAUCAGAUUAAAAUAGAAAAAAUUAAAAGUCACAGAUUUGAGAAUCCUGUAAUAGAAACCAUUGAUGUUGCCGAAAUUUUCGAGGGCGAAGAGGAAACUGCUUUAAACGAGUAUGUGGAAUGGAAAUCAAAUCUCGACGUAGAUAAACAAGAUGAACAAGAAUCUGCAACUGAUGAUCCCGAAUCAACAUUCGAAGAACUUAUUGCAGAAUCUAUAGAAAACGAUUUUCUCAACAUGUUAAGCUUCGACCAUAAUCAAGAAGACAUUGAUUUGCAGAAAGAGCAUAAAGAUGACUUCGAUUUGUCGUUUGCUAUCCAAGCAGUUGAAACUAAUUACGUUAGCCUAAACCCAUCUUUUAUAAGCAACAGAAAAAACGCCGAAAGGCUCGAGAAUUUAGAAACAGAAGUCUUAAUGCAAGAAUGGGGUUUGAACGAAAAGGCCUUCCAGUAUUCUCCACGUAUUAGUUCAGGCGGAUUUGGGAGUCCGGUAUAUCUUCCUGCAGAAGAGCCUUUAAAAUUGCCUUGUAUCGAAGAAGGUGUGGGCCCCAUUAUUCGGACAAAGGAUGGUGGUUUAUUGAGGUCGAUGAAUCCGUUGCUUUUCAGAAACGGAAACAAUGGUGCAAGAUUAAUCGUGCAGGUUUCUGCUCCUGUUGUAUUACCCUCUAAAAUGGGAUUUACCGUAAUGGAUGUGCUAAAAUGUUGGGCAUCUGAAGGAGUCGAAAAGAUGUGUGUUCAGACAAAUGAAUUGAUGCCAUUGGAAGAUGUCACGGGGAAGACAAUGCAGCAAGUUUUGUCUGAAUCUGAAUCACACUAUUCUAAUAGAUGGGCUUUGGAGCAGGGUUUUGAUUCCGAGGAGAGAAAUUCUGAUUAUGUAUCUACUGAAGAUCUUAUUCCGAUGGCGAUAACAAACAUUGAAGGGCUUCUAAUUGAAGGGUUAAAGAUUCAGUGUGGCAUUCCAGAUCAAGAGGCACCUUCAAGCAUUAGUAUCAAGCUCGCCCGAAACUCCGAUUCUUUAGGGAAGGUUCCGGAACCUUCUAGUAACUUCAGUAUCGAAACAGCUUCAGACUUUCCGGUUAUGGAUAUGGAUGAAUUAAUGAAGUACACCCUGUCGUUGAAAGAGUGGCUGAGGCUCGAUUCUGGUAGGUCCCUCGAUAAUGGCAUUUUUCGUAAAAACUUCGUAAUGUGCUUCAAAAUGCAGCUUAGAGAUCCCUCUCGUGAUUACGAGACCGUGGGUCCCGCUAUGCUCGCUCUGAUUCAAGCAGACAAGGUUCUAGAUGGAACCGAUUACAAAAAAAAUGAAGACAAGAUAUAUGAACCGAUGUUCAAAGUCUUGGAAGUUCAUCUUGCUGGAUUGAAUGUUGUACCUGGUGGUAAUAAUACACACAUUUGGGGAACUAGCAGACAACGUCAAUCGGGUGCCAGGUGGCUGAUUUCUAGUGGUUUGACCAAGUCCAACAAGAAUCUCGUUUUAAAAUCCUCAACAAGAAAGGCGUUGAGUGAGGAUGUUUUGUGGAGCAUAUCGUGUCCUAUUGAAGGUGAAGCGGUUGCAUGGGAUGAUCGGGUUGCACUAAAUGUUCAUAUAAGAAAUCCCGAUAUUAUUUUUUCCGACUGAGUACGUAUCAAAGUGGCCAAGAGAAACAAACAGAACAGGCAUGUUUAUUAUUAUCCCUUUUGAUUUAUAUAUAUAUAUAUGCUAUAUAUGUCUUUAUUUAACCGAAAAUGUAUAAAGUGGCUAAAGAUAGAUUCAAUGUAUAGAACUCUUUUGUAUAAAUCGUACGUAUCGAUUUAUAUUUUUUUGUUGGAAUGGUAUUGGAAAUAGCUUUUUGUCCUA